AUGUUUUGCAUGCUGACUGCGCAUCAGAUUUCAAGAGGAAACUAUCAAGAAAGCAAAGCCAGAAUGGUAGAACUUAAUGUUACAAACUGCACUAGAAUCAACGGGACAACCUGUGAUGAAAGUUGUUUCCUAAAGCCUGUAGGUUACCACUCCACUGUUCUACCUUGGCUUUAUCUCCUUCUGACUAUCCUGGGAAUCCUGACCAACGGAUUGGCCACACUGGACCUCUGGAGGACUGAGAAGACACCCACAGUCAUCUUCACUUUAAACAUAAUGGUCUCGGAUCUGAUGCUGUGCUGCAGCUUCCCCUUUAGAAUGGCUUACUAUAUACGUGGUUCCCAAUGGAAAGCUGACACUGCCGUCUGUUCGAUAACCGAGUUUCUUAUGGUCUCAUGUUUCUACAUCAACCUCUACUGCAAUGUAAGUUUCUUGCUAUGGACCAGCAUCAACCGUUGUGUUACAGUAGUACGACUACGUUGCAGACUGUUCCUAGUUUUUAAGCACCCUCGUCUCUGUUGGCUCCUCUGCCUUAGCACCUGGAUAGGGGGAAGUUCUUUGGUCAUUGGCUCUAUGAGAUAUAAGGCAGCCAUUAAAUCCACAGGACAAAAAGUGGAAUCCUGUUUCGAUCAGGUGAUAAAUAAAAAUCCUUCUGAAUUAAACAGAGUGCACUGCCUCGCUGUGGGAGUCUUCUUUUUCAUGCUGGGCCUGAUGCUGCUCAGUUACGGGCUGCUGAUCCUCCAUUUGCACAAAGUAAACCAAAUGAGUCUGGUGAGUACCGCAUCUGCGAGUGGCCUGAGAGUUCGGAGGAAAAUUAUUGCCUCUGUAGUUUCUUUUUUGAUCUGUUUCCUCCCCUAUCAUGUGCAGAGAAUAAAGAUGAUAGCACACGGAGAUAAAGAUUGUACAACGAAGACUGUACAACAAAGAUCUUCCGAUUUUUGUUUGAAGACUCUGCUGAUACUUGUGGCAGCACUCAGCUGUUGUCUGCAUCCAGUGCUAUACCUGGUGCUGCAAAUGCCCUGCUGCCGAGCCAAACGCAACACCAGAAACCGUCCUAAACCAGAAAACUACAUGUGUGCACCACAGAUACAGACCAUUAACUCGACAUAACAAGGAGUCAUGGAAUCAUGAGCGUCCUUAGAUGUUCAUCUGCUCAACAUGGUUGGAGACAGUGCUUAUUUCUUGCCCACGCUCAUUGGAUUUUUUUUUUUUUUUUUUUUUUUUUUU